AUGGGAGAGUCGCCGUCACUAGCGCCGGCGCCGGCCAAGGUGUACUACGACGGGUGCCCCGGGUGCGCCAUGGAGCGGAGGAAGGACAGCAGCACGGGGACCCCGUACAAGGAGCUCUUCUUCGUCGGGAUCACCACCUUUGCAUCAUCUUUGCCGAUCACGUCGCUGUUCCCGUUUCUCUACUUCAUGAUACAAGACUUGCACGUUGCUCAAAGAGAAGAAGAUAUUGGAUUCUAUGCUGGAUUUCUUGGUGCAUCAUAUAUGGUUGGUAGAGGUUUCGCGUCGAUCUUUUGGGGCAUGGUUGCAGAUCGCAUCGGACGAAAGCCUGUAAUUGUAUUUUCACUUUUCACGGUCAUUGUGUUCAACACUUUAUUCGGAUUAAGUGUGAAAUAUUGGAUGGCUAUCACUACAAGGUUGCUUCUUGGUGCACUAAACGGAUUUCUAGCACCAAUCAAGGCUUACUCCAUUGAAGUUUGCCGGGAUGACGAACAAGCUUUGGGCAUAUCAAUUGUCAAUACAGCAUGGGGAUUAGGCCUUAUAAUUGGCCCAGCAAUCGGGGGCUACCUUGCACAGCCAGCCAAACAAUAUCCACACAUUUUCCAUGACAAGUCAACGUUUGGGAGGUUGCCAUAUCUUCUUCCAUGUCUUUGCAUAUCAAUUUUCGCAACCUUCGCCCUCAUAAGCUGCAUAUGGCUUCCGGAAACACUACACAAGCACAACAAGUUUGAAAUGAGAGCUGAAACGGCUGAAGCUGGCACAACUCAGGAAAGUACAGAGUCACCUAAGAAGAGCUUAUGGAAAAAUUGGCCGUUGAUGUCGUCAAUUAUCACAUAUUGUGUCUUCUCCCUUCAUGACACUGCAUAUAGUGAGAUAUUUUCCCUGUGGACUGUAAGUGGUAGAAAAUAUGGUGGACUUAGCUUUUCAUCUAAGGAUGUCGGUCAAGUUCUUACAGUGGCAGGUGUCAGUCUUCUUGUAUACCAAAUCUUUGUUUAUCGUUGGCUCAAUAAUACGCUAGGACCUGUAAACUCAACCCGCAUCGCAUCUGCCCUGUCUAUACCAAUUAUUGCUGCUUAUCCCUUUAUGACACACUUGUCAGGAAUAAGACUUGGUCUGGCUCUCUAUAUUGCAGCAAUGAUUAAAAGCGUUCUUGCUAUAACUAGAGUUUCCGGCACUUCUCUUCUACAAAACAAUGCUGUGCCCCAAGGGCAAAGAGGUGCUGCGAAUGGAAUAGCCACAACAUUAAUGUCCUUAUUCAAGUCUGUUGCUCCAGCUGGGGCAGGUGUUCUAUUCUCGUGGGCACAGAAGCGCCAGCACGCAGCGUUCUUUCCAGGUGACCAGAUGGUGUUCCUUCUACUGAACGUGACAGAGGUCCUUGGGCUCUUGCUGACCUUCAAGCCUUUCCUGGCAGUCCCCCAACACUACAAGUAA